AUGCGGCCUCUCACGGAAACCGAGACGAAGACGCUCUUCGAGAAGUUAGCAAAUUAUACUGGCGCAUCCCUGAAGAGCAUCAUCGCCGAACCGUCCUCGAGUUCAUCGGAUAGAAAUGUGUUCCGAGUCCAGAACAACCGCGUAUACUUUGUUCGAGAGUCGAUAGCGAAUCUGGCUACCAGUGUUGCGCGAGUCCAGCUACUCUCACUGGGGACCUGUGUUGGAAAAUUUACAAAGACUGGAAAAUUUCGCAUGCACAUCACCGCCCUCGAUAUCGUUGCUCCUCACGCACGCUAUAAGGUCUGGGUGAAGCCAAAUGGAGAGAUGCCGUUCUUGUACGGAGGGAAUGUGGUCAAGGCGCACGUUGGAAGGUGGAGCGAAGACUGCCCGGAGCACCAAGGUGUAGUAGUGCUGAGCAUGAACGACACCCCUCUAGGCUUUGGAGUGAGUGCGCGCUCGACAGCAGAGGCGAGACGGCUGGACCCAACAGGUGUCACGACUUUCCGACAGGGGGAUAUUGGAGAGUACCUCAGGGAGGAGGACACUCUAUUCACGACCUGA